AGAGGGAGAGAGUUGCAGACACUUGGUAACGCAUCACAGCAGGACAGUCAGUCGAAGCUCAAGGCUCUCAGCCGCUGACGAACGGACGGCAGGUGCAGGCGAUGUUGUGGCGUGUGGGAUCAGGUGGCAGGAUGACGUUGGCCAAGCUCCUCCUUCCCUUCCUCAUGCUCCAGCCCUUCUCUGAAGCCUCCAACCAACCGCCAAGCUUCAACAACUACUUCUUCAAGACCUACCUCCUGAUCUACGAGAACACGGCCAUCGGUUCCUCGGUCACCCAGCUAAGGGCCGACGACCCUGAAGGUGAGCCCCUCAUCUACGGGGUGGUGGGCGAGGAGGCCAUGAGGUACUUUGCCGUGGACAGAGUGACCGGCGUGGUCUGGCUGAAACUGACCCUGGACCGCGAGUCUGUGUCACAGAUGCAGGUGGAGUUCUCCGUGAGUGACAGCCAAGGGGUGGUCAAAGACACGGUGAACAUCCUUAUCGGGGACGUCAACGACAACGCGCCAAGCUUCCACGGGCUGCCGUACACCGUGCACAUCCCGGAGAACACGGCUGUGGGGACGUCGGUGUUCAUGGUGAACGCCACCGACCCGGACCAGGGCACCGGGGGCAGCGUCCUCUUCUACUUCCAGCCGCCGUCGCCCUUCUUCGCCAUCGACGGCGCCCGCGGCAUCGUCACGGUCAACCGGACGCUGGACUACGAGACCACCUCAGCCUACCAGCUCACCAUCAACGCCACGGACCAGGACAGGUCGCGGCCUCUGUCCCGGUUGACCAACCUGGCCAUCCUGAUCACAGACAUCCAGGACAUGAACCCGGUCUUCACCAACCUGCCCUACAGCACCAACAUAGCGGAGGACAAGCCCCCGGGCUACGAGGUGCGGAAGAUAAGAGCCAUUGACCAGGAUCUGGGACGCCCGCGUGGGAUUGGCUACACCAUCAUCUCAGGUAACACCAACAGCAUGUUCGCCCUGGACUACAUCAGUGGCUCGCUGACUGUCAACGGCCAGCUGGACCGAGAGAACCCGCUCUACUCAGCGGGAUUCACCAUCACCGUCAGGGGGACAGAGCUGAAUGACGACCGCACCCCCUCGGACGCCAUGGUGAUGACCACCUUCACCAUCCUGCUGAUCGACCGGAACGACAACGCCCCCACCUUCAACAGCUCAGAGUACCGCGUGCGCAUCACCGAGCUGGCCCAGGUGGGCUUCGCCCUGCCCCUCUUCAUCCAGGCGGAGGACAAGGACGAGGGGGUGAACAGCAUGUUCCAGGUGGUCCUCACGGGGAACAACUCGGACCACUUCACCAUCUCGCCCACGGCGGUGCAGGGACGGGCAGACAUCCGCGUGCGCGUGGCCGUGCCUUUGGACUACGAGAAACUCCGCCGCUUCAGCUUCUCCCUCUACGCCAACGAGUCCAUGUCGGACCACGUGGGCUUCGCCCGCGUCUUCAUCGACCUCAUCAACGAGAACGACAACCGCCCCAUCUUCAGCCGACCCGUGUACAACGUCAGCCUGCCCGAGAACACGCCCACCGGCACGCCGCUGAUCCGCAUCCUGGCAACAGACGGAGACAUUGGUACAUUUGGAACAGUGCAUUACUUCUUCAACGAAGAACCAGACCAGUUCUCCCUGGACUCGCGGACGGGCUGGGUGGGCCUGCGGGCCGGCCUGGACUACGAGCUGAUGCGGCGCUUCACGGUGACGGUGCUUGCCCGGGACGGCGGCGGCGAGGAGACCACGGGCCGGCUGCGCAUCAACGUGCUGGACGUCAACGACAACGCGCCGCUGUUCCAGAAGGAGGCGUACCUGGGUAUGCUGCGGGAGAACGAGCAGGGCCCGCAGUACGUGGCCCGUGUCAGGGCUACAGACGAGGACUCUCCGCCCAACAACCACCUCACCUACACCAUCACCUCCGCCUCCGCCUUCCCCGAGUACUUUGACAUCCUGAUGCAGGAGGGCUACGCAGUGAUCAGCGUGAACAGCCCCCUGGACUAUGAGCGGGUCCCGGCAGGGCGGAUCCACCUGACGGUGAUGGCCCGGGACGGGGGCAGCCCGGCCCUCAACAGCAGCGUGGCCGUCACCCUGGAGCUGUUUGUGCUGGCGGUGGACCCCGACGACGGGGACAACGGCGUGGUGGAGUACCGCAUCAGCCCGCCCAACCCCUUCUACACCAUCAGCAACAGCACGGGCAAGAUCCGCACCACCGGGGUCACCCUGGACCGCGAGAGCGCCGACCCCCGUAACGCCCUGCUCAUGAGGACCAUCGUCAUCACCGCCUCCGACCGAGGCACACCGCCACUGCGUGCGUCCGUGAGCACUACCGUCUUUGUCAACCUGCUGGACCUCAAUGACAACGACCCCACCUUCGUCAACCUUCCCUUCGUGGCCGAGGUGCUGGAGGGGCUGCCCCUGGGGUCUUCUGUCUUCAAGGUCCAGGUGGAGGACCCCGACGAGGACAACAACGGCCUGGUCACCAUGGCGCUGCAGGUGGGCAUGCCGCGGCUGGACUUCCACCUCAACACGUCCACGGGCGUGCUGACCUCCACGGCCCCCCUGGACCGCGAGCAGAUCGCCCAGUACUACCUGAGGAUCGUGGCCCACGACGCCGGGAAGUUCCGCACCUCCACCUCCACCUUGACCAUCACAGUGCUGGACGUGAACGACGAGACCCCAACCUUCUUCCCGCGGCGGUACAACGUGUCGCUGCAGGAGGACGUCCCCCGGGACCACGCCGUGGCGCGCCUCAACUGCUCCGACAACGACGCCGGGCUCAACGCCGAGCUCAGCUACUUCAUCACAGACGGAAACCAGGACGGUAAAUUCAGCGUGGGCUUCAGAAACGGGGUGGUCCGCACGGUGGUGGGGCUGGACCGAGAGACCCAGGCCGCCUACACGCUGGUCAUCGAGGCCAUAGACAACGGGCCAGCGGGCAGCAGGCGGACGGGCACGGCCACCGUGUUCGUGGAGGUGCUGGACGUGAACGACAACAGACCCAUCUUCCUCCAGAACAGCUACGAGGCCAGCGUGCUGGAGAACGUGGCCAACGGGACCAGCGUCCUCCAGGUCCAGGCUACAGAUGCGGACCAGGGAGAAAAUGGCCGGGUGUUAUACAGGAUCCUCUCUGGCAACAACAACAGGCUGUUCACCAUCGAGCAGCGGACGGGGCUGGUGUCCCGGGGCCUGCGGGCUCUGGACCGUGAGAGCACCAGCUCACACGUGUUCGAGGUGGAGGCCUACAACAGCGACCAGGGCCGCAUGAGGAGCUCCGUGCGGGUGAUCGUCUACGUGGAGGACGCCAACGACGAGGCGCCCGUCUUCACCCAGCAGCAGUACAACCGGCUGGGCCUGAGGGAGACGGCCGGCAUCGGCACCUCCGUCAUCGUGGUGCGUGCCACCGACCCCGACACUGGUGACGGCGGCUCCGUGGCCUACGCCAUCGUGUCGGGCUCGGACCGCAAGUUCGAGGUGGACGUGAGCACGGGGCUGGUGACCACGGUGGACCACCUGGACUACGAGACCAAGACGUCGUACCUGAUGAACGUGUCGGCCACCGACCAGGCCCCGCCCUUCCACCUGGGCUUCUGCAGCGUGUACGUCACGCUGCUCAACGAGCUGGACGAGGCCGUGGCCUUCUUCGCCGCCGGCUACGAGGCGACGCUGGUGGAGAACAUCGCCACGGGAACAGAGGUGGCGCAGGUGCGGGCGCAGUCGGCCGACAACCUGAACCAGCUCACGUACCGCUUCGACCCGGACACCUCGCCGGCCGCGCUCGCCCUCUUCAGGAUCGACGGCGUCACGGGUCGUAUCACAGUGAUGGGGUUGCUGGAUAGAGAGAUGGGUGACCUCUACACCCUGACUGUGGUGGCGGACAAUGGAGGACCCAGAGAGGACUCCACCGUGAAGGUGUCCAUCACCAUCCUGGAUGAGAAUGACAACCGGCCAGAGUUUGACAUCACGUCGGACACGUCUGUGAGUAUCCUGGAGAACACCCCCAUCGGAGUGAAGGUGGCCACGGUCCUGGGGAGGGACAAGGACGCUGCGGCCAACGGGAUGGUGAACUUCACCCUGGUGGCGGGGAACAUGCAGGACGUGUUUGAGAUCCGGACGGUGAACCACACCUACGGGGAGGUCUACGUCAACUCCCCGCUGGACCGCGAGUCUGUGGACCGCUACCUGCUCAAGGUGCGGGCCAUGGACAACGGCGCCCCCCCCAGGUUCACGGACCACUCCCUCACCGUCAACAUCCUGGACGUCAACGACAACGCGCCCGUGGUGGAGAGCCGGCGGGGCUACAACGUCAGCGUCAGCGAGAACGUGGGCGGGGGCACCUCUGUCCUGCGCGUGGUCGCCACGGACCGCGACAUCGGCCCCAACGCCAUGCUGUUCUACUACAUCACCGCCGGCAACCAGGACCUCACCUUCCGCAUGGACCGCAUGACGGGCGAGAUGGUGACGCGACCGGCCCCCCCUGACCGCGAGCACCAGCAGGAGUACCGGCUGGUCGUCACUGUGGAGGACGACGGCGAGCCCCCGCUGUCGGUGAGCGGGCCUGCCUCCCCCUUACCCACCACACCCCCACACCCCCACACCCCUUCUUACGCUCUUAUUGUAUGCUUGUAUGUCCUGGCAUUUAAUGUACGCUCUUAUUGCAUGUUUGUAUCCCGCAACGACAGGAUGCCCUGCUGUGUCAACAGGAAAACCACACCAGAGCCAAAUGUGCAAGAAAAGGGAAGAAUGCAGCAACUUCCUGCAAAGAUGGCAGCAGUGUUCACCAGAACCAGGAGCAUGAUGAGCGGCAGAGAAAGGAGCGCCACAAUGCAGGCAGUGGUGGCCAGAGCGGCAGCCACGGAGCCUGUAGACGCAAGAGACACCCCGUACGUUAGGAACGGCCUGUCCCGCCGGCGUGGAUUGGCUGCCACGCGAGGAGACCCCGAGCUGGUCGCUCUGGUGGCCCGGGGAGGUGUGUCGCGGGCCCACGAACACGUGGCAGUGCUGCUGGGCGUGCGGCGUGUACAGCCAGUUGUGUUUGAGCUUGUCGUCGGCGUGCAGAAUGGCCCCCCGCUGGGCACAAAUCAGCUUGGCGGUGGCGCCCUCGGGGCAGGUGUAGUAGAGGUGUGGGACGGACACGGCCAGCGUUUGCGGAUUGUGGGCAUCAACGUCAACGAGUCCACACCGCCGGGCGAGGUGGUCGCCACGCUCGCCGCCACCGACCCCGACACCCGGCCCCGCCUGGAGUACUACAUCAUCUCCGUGGAGGCGCGGGACGACGGGAACCAGCCCGUGGACGGGCUGCAGGAGUCCUUCGGGAUCGACUUCCACACCGGUGCGGUGUUUGUGCGGAACCCGCUGAACAGAGAGCAGGUGGCCACCUUUGAGAUCAUCGUGUCGGUCCACGACAACGCCAGCGAUGUGAUCGACCAGUCCGUCAGUGUGCCCAACGCGAGGCUGACCGUCAACGUGCUGGACGUCAACGACAACGUGCCCCGCUUCCGGCCGUUCGGCGUGACCAACUUCACGGAGAAGAUCCUGGAGGGGGCCCAGCCGGGCACCACGCUGCUGUCGGUGUCGGCCGUGGACCCCGACAGGGGCCCCAACGGACAGGUCAUCUACCAGCUGCUGGACCUCCCCCGGGGGGGAUAUCUGAGGCUGGAGGACUCCUCCAUCGGCAAGAUCGUGGCCAACCGCACGGUGGACUUCGAGCAGGUCCAGUGGCUGAACUUCACCAUCCGGGCGCAGGACCACGGCAGCCCCCCCCGCAUCGCCGAGCUUCCCGUCUUCAUGCGCAUCGUGGACGUCAACGACAACAAUCCCGUCUUCACCCAGCCCUCCUAUCAGAGGCCGCUGUACGAGGACAUCGAUCUGGGCACCAUCGUCAUACGGGUCAGCGCCACCGACGCAGACUCCGGCCUCUUCGCCGUCAUCGAGUACAGCCUGGUGGACGGCGAGGGCAAGUUCGGGAUCAGACCCAGCUCUGGAGACAUCUACAUCCUGUCUCCGCUGGACCGAGAGAGCAAGGACCACUACACCCUGACGGCCGUCGCCAGGGACAACCCCGGAGGCAGCCCCAACAACCGCCGCGAGAACUCAGUGCAGGUCCUGGUGACGGUGCUGGACGUCAACGACUACCGGCCGCGCUUCGCCCGGCGCGCCUUCAACACCAGCGUGUUCGAGAACGAGCCCAGCGGCACCUCCAUCAUCACGCUGUCCGCCACCGACCUGGACGAGGGCGAGAACGGCCUGCUCGCCUACAGCAUGCAGGGGGCUGGCGCAGAGGUGUUCUCCCUGGACGUGGACACCGGGCUGGUGCGGUCCCGCCGGCUGCUGCAGUCCUCGGAGCGCUUCAACCUGACGGUGACGGCCACCGACAAGGGCAGCCCUGCCCUGAGCGGCCACGCCUUCCUGCUCAUCACCAUCAUCGACGUCAACGACAACCGGCCCGUCUUCAUCUGGCCCACCAACGGGACCACCGUCAAGAUCUAUGAGGAGAGGCCCGCGGGCCUGGAGGUGUGCUCGGUGCUGGCCACGGACGUGGACGAGGGCGUGAACGGCGAGGUGCGCUACGCCUUCCUGCAGACGGGCGCCGGCAACCGGGACUGGGAGAACUUCCACAUCAACGCGCUCACCGGAGCCAUCACCACCGCGGUCAGGCUGGACCGCGAGAAGCAGAGCCAGCACGGCCUGAUCCUGGUGGCCUACGACCUGGGCCAGCCCGUGCCCUACGAGACCACUCAGCCCCUGCAAGUGGUGCUGCUGGACAUCGACGACAAUGAGCCCGUCUUCCUCAAACCACCGCGGGGCAGCCUGCCCUACCAGGUCCUGACUGUUCCAGAGCACUCUGACCCUGGGACCAUGGUGGGCAACGUGACCGGAGCCGUGGACGCAGACGAGGGCUCCAACGCUGUGGUAUACUACUUCAUCGCAGGAGGGAGCGGCGAGGGUAACUUUGAGCUGAACAUAUCAGGAGUGCUCAGUGUGAGGAGGGACCUGGACCGGGAGGAGAAGCCUGUGUACACCAUCAUCGUCAAGGCCUCCAGCAACCGGAGCUGGACCCCCGUCCGGGCGCAGAGGGCCUCCUGGGCCCGGGCGCUGGACCCCGGCCGGGACCCCACCCUGCAGGAGGUCAACAUCUACCUGGAGGACAUCAACGACCAGUCGCCUCGCUUCGUCAAGAGGGAGUACACGGCCGGCGUGGCAGCGGAUGCUAAGGUGGGCUCGGAGCUGAUCAGGGUGAUGGCGGUGGACAACGACAUCGGCAACAACAGCGUGGUGCGCUACCACAUCGUCACCAUCCAGUACAUCCGGCUGCAGUCCAACGACACCGAGGAUAUGGGAGACAUCUUCAUCAUAGACAACACAGGCGUUAUCCGAACCUACGACCUGUUCAGGGCGUACGACCCCGGCUAUUUCCAGCUGGAGGUGCUGGCCUGCGACGAGGCGGGCAACAGCGACAUGGCCGUCGUGGGCAUCUACAUCCUGCGGGACGACCAGCGCGUCAAGAUCAUGAUCAACGACAUCCCCGAGAAUGUGCGCCUCUUCCAAGACGAGUUCAUCAAGCUGCUGUCCAACAUCACCGGCGCCAUCGUCAACACCGAUGAUGUGCAGUUCCAUGUGAACAAGAACGGCGUGGUGAACUUCUCCCAGACGGAUGUGCUGAUCCACGUGGUGAACAAGCAUACCAACCGCAUCCUCGACGUGGAAAGGGUCAUCCAGAUGAUCGACGAGAACAAGGAGCAGCUCAGGAACCUGUUCAGGACCCACAACGUCUUGGACGUCCAGCCUGCUGUCAGCGGGAAGGCGCCGGACGACUUCUCAACGCUGCAGCUGGUCAUCAUUAUCCUGGCUGUCCUGCUGUGCUUGGUGGGAAUUCUGUUCGCCACCAUGAGCUGGCACUUCCGGACUGUACACAAGAGGAAGCUCAAAGCCAUAGUGGCUGGCUCUACAGGGAACCAGGGUCUUAUGGACGUCCUGGAUAUGCCCAACACAAACAAAUACUCUUUUGAGGGGGCGAACCCGGUCUGGCUGGACCCCUUCUGCCGCAACCUGGAGCUGGCAGCGCAGGCGGACCACGAGGACGACCUGCCAGGGGACCUGAGCGAGAUCAGCGACCUGUGGAACAGCCCCGCCCGCACACACGGUACCUUUGGCCGGGAGCCCCAGGCCAAGCCAGAAGACGACCACUACCUGCGGGCGGCGAUCCAGGAGUACGACAACAUCGCUAAGCUGGGACACAUCAUGAGGGACGGGCCCAUCAAGGGCUCCCUGCUCAAGGUGGUUCUGGACGACUACCUGAGGUUGAAGGGGCUCUUUGCAGCCCGACUGGUCACUAAAUCCACCAGCCAGGGAGACCACUCGUCGGUCACGGAGCUGAUCCAGAGCGACCUGGACGAGGAGGACGAGGACCGCCUGAGCUCCGGUGGCGGCGGGCGUGGCACGCUGCGCUUCAAGCACAAGCUCCCGCUCGAGAUGCGGGGUCCCGAGGGCGUGCACGUGGUGCACGGCAGCACGGGCACGCUGCUGACCUCGGACCACAACAGCCUGCCCGAGGACGACCAGCGGGCGCUGGCGCGCUCCCUGGAGGCGCUGAACGCCGACAGCGACGGCGGCUCGCCGUACGCCGAGCGCAACGCCCGCACCGAGUCGGCCAAGUCCACGCCGCUGCACCGCAACAAGGGCGCCCACCCCCUGUCCGGCAGCCCCCUGGAGGUCACCGAGUUAUGACUAGCCGAGGCCUCGCUGGUCUGAGAGCCCCGCCGUGUGUUUGUGUCCUUGAGGGAAGCCCCACCCAGUAACCCCACCCACCCACUCAGCCCUCAUCCCUGUUCCAGCCCACACAGGGCGUCCAUCGUGGGAGGGGUGGGAGUCGUUUAGAAAGCGUUGGAUGAAAAGCAGAUGAGACGGACCUCCCUGGGUACUUGGCAAAGGGGAGGAAGAGGGGAGGGAGCACAAGGUAGGCAGGGAGUGAGUUUGAUGCUUAACUCGUGGUGCCACUUGAAGACGUCAGACGGUUCAGUUGGUGGUUACUGUGGCUACUUGGCUCACGGUUCGACCCGGAGACACAGCCAAGCAGGAGACGGACAGGAAGCUGAACCCGAUGUUGCUAAGCGAUCAACGCAAGACGGUCUCCAUGGCGCUCCAUCUCUUAACGUCCCCACUCGAUCUUUCGGACUGCACACACUCACGCAAGCAUGCAGACACACAGACGGUAGCACAGGCGCACCAGCGAAUGGCCAUUCAAGGGGUCGGACAGUCACACAAAUCUUUCGAUUUUUUUAAUUGAUAUGAGGAAACAAUCAUUAUUGAACACCUGUGGAUGCGAGGACUACAUGUCGAUAAAAAGGAGCCGAUGUUUCAGAUCAACGCUCAGAACUAUACACAAUAACGGUUUCUCGAUCGCGUUCUUUGUUUCGUACCAAGAGGCUCCGAUGUAAACCUUCCUAAGUGAUGUCAAGUCCUGUUGAGAUUGAGAAGGACGAUUCUUCAGCAGGGGGCCAGGGUUCGACAGAUUCUGCCAUUAGCCACGCCUGCGUUCUAUUGGACAGAAUCAACCAAUGGUGUUCAAGGAGACCACUCACUGUUGCUCGAGAGACUUGAUCUCUUAAUAAAAAAAAACAUGGACAAGAUAAUGUGAAGAUGGGCCACAGCAAAAAAAGAUUUAAGCCCUGUACCGACCUGGGGUAAACAACUAACACUGGAGAAGGCCCUAUGUUCACUAAAAGAAAAACACUGCCACCUGCUGGUGUAAAAUAAUCAAUGCUCAAAAUGAGCAGUUUUUGCUUUAUUUUUUUAUUUGAUAAAAAAUAUAAAAAAGUAAGUGUAACAGGAUUAAAAAAUAUUUUUGGAAGAAAAUGCUGGCUUACCAAAACUGUUGAGAUCAGUUGUGGAUGUUUGGAGUGUGUACAUUGUGCUACGGUGAUCGUGUUGUCGGGUCGGCCUGUGUAAAGCGUCGGUUGCCCACUGGUGGUGUUUUAUAACCCCCAUUUUGUACCUUUUUUUUUUUUUUUUUCAAUCAUUGUCCCCCAGGCCCGUGGAAUUUGUGUUGGCAAAUGUUGUUUGAAGAUGUGUAAUAAAAUAAAUAUGCAACUUG